AUGCCCAUCGAGUUACAAUAUGAGACUCAUCCAACAAAUGAAGACAGUUUGAAGAAUUCUUCGGAAUUAUCAGAUACUUGGGAAGUCAAAGUCGAACAGAUAUUGAUUGAAAUUGCACAAUCUGAAAGCAAUACCACAUUGCAAUUACAACGAUAUAAUUUGUUAGGAGAGUUAUUGCAAAAUACGUCAUGA